GGAAUCAUUCUCAUUAAAGUGUAGGAAUAUGCAAUUUCACUCCCUACGUUAGUUUAUAGCUAGUGAUCUUUCGUGGUGGCGAGUAGGGCUUUUUAGUAGCGCUUCCAAAUUCCUCCAAAACUCUUUUCCAAAUUGACGUUUUCGGCUCGUUCACUCUUCUUUCGUUAGGUAAAUUGCAGACAUUUCGGUACAUUUUUCCUCGUGCAAUAUUUUUUCCCUUCUCGCAUUUCACUUUCUUUCAGUCGCCAUUUUUACUUUCGCCCUUGCCACUAGCUGUUAAAACUCUUCUUUCGUUUUCAGUACAGUAUUUACAUCAUUCUUGUUCAGUACAGUUUCAACCAUAACCAAGCGCAGUGCAAACCAAGUUUUCUAAGUAAACUGAGGAAAGAAAAUAUAUAUCGGAAUAACCGUAGAGAAUAGCGUUCGAAUUUCGCGGGCGACAUUGACAUUAAUUUCGUUGGUGCGUAGAAAAUUCGGCGCAUGCCGCGAGGCCUUGUCAGCGUCUAAUGGCCAAGAAAGAAAAUGCUGUGAUCUUAAUUUAAGCUUUUUUAUAAUUAUUUUUACGUAUUUGGACCUCGGAGUACACCUGUAGUCCAUCCAAAGGGGCCAUGGGUGACUUGCAGCACUUCUGCCUGCGAUGGAACAACUACCAGUCCAGCAUCACAUCUGCCUUCGAGAACCUGAGGGAUGACGAGGACUUUGUGGACGUCACUCUGGCCUGCGAUGGCAAGAGCCUUAAGGCUCACAGAGUCGUCCUGUCCGCCUGCAGUCCUUACUUCAGGGAGUUGCUUAAGAGCACUCCUUGCAAGCACCCAGUAAUUGUCCUGCAGGAUGUGAUAUUCGAGGAUCUCCAUGCCCUGGUCGAGUUUAUCUACCAUGGAGAGGUCAACGUCCACCAGAAGGCACUGCCUUCGUUCCUCAAAACGGCAGAAGUCCUGCGAGUCAGUGGGCUCACACAACAGUCCGAGGUCCGGGAAGAGGCCACGGAGAAGGCGGGGUUCAGGGAUAGCACUAAUGCAGGGGAAGACAACUGGCUGGCCUACCGACGCACCCCCACCACCCCCUCCCACAGGCACAGGGAGCGACGGCCCUCGGCCUCCGACAAUACAGACAACCAGGAAAGCAAUGUAAAGAAAAUAAAAACAGAAACUAACUCAGAACUGCAAGCGCCACAGCCUUCGAGCAACCACCAAGAGAAGGAGGAAUCCGAACCUCCAAUGGACUUCUCGACGUCGAAUCCCGCAAAGGCGGCGAGAAAGAACGACUCGUCAGAAGCGUCACCGGGGAGGGAGAGGGAUAGAGAGAGGGAAAAGGAGGGACGGGAGGAGAGGGAGGGCCACAGUCACGCUCCAGUCAAGUCAGAACCAGCAGAGGGUGGUGGAGGGGGAGGAGGGGAGGCAGACGACAGUAACGAGUCGGCCGUGAUGAGCGAGCCACAGAUAGUAACCACUGAGCCAGAUGAUAGCGCACACAGUGGUCACCAACAGAACUACUUUGACAGCAAGCUGUUUGCUGUUGCCGGCGCUUCGUUCAACUUCAGCAUGGCUGCGGCGCUUGCUGCCGACUCAUUAGCAGGGCUCAAUAACCAAGGUCACAAUGUAGGAGGAGGAACUGACGGCCUAGCCGGCACAUCACAAGGGAUGGUGAUGCCACCGCCCAUGACCGGAGGGAUAAAUGAGCCCCAAGACUGCCCCUACUGCCGCCGCACCUUCAGUUGUUACUACUCCCUCAAACGCCAUUUCCAGGACAAACAUGAGCAGUCGGACACUCUGUACGUGUGCGAGUUUUGCCACCGCCGCUACCGCACCAAGAACAGCCUCACAACGCACAAGAGUCUCCAGCACCGCGGCACCUCCGGCAUGCUCAAGCGACUCCUCAAGACCUCGGCCAUGUUCGGCCAGCCACCCUUUCAACAAAACGCAGACUCCCCCAAUUUCAUGUUCUAGUGUGAUGACUCCACUCGCGAUAUUGCUUUGACCUGCUGAUCCAUCGUUCAUCACUUCUCACCGGAGCUUCUUUUAAUCCGACUCACCGCGACGGGGCAUUUUGUACGUAGCGAGUAUAAUAUUUUUGUAGCCACUCAGUAGGUGUCUAAAUAUCGGUCUAUUUUGGAUUUCGAUUCGAGCCGAACGAUAUAUAUUUUUAUAAUUAUAGUGACUUUUCUAAAAUUGUGGCUUUUAAUUUUUGUGAAGUACUACUUUUUCAUGAAAUGUAGUAAGUGUUCAGUCUGUAGUUCACUAUGCUAAGGUGAAGUUAACUAAUACUCAAUAUAUUUAACCAGUGACGUAUACAUUUCCAGACGUAACUAAUGUUUUAUUUCUUAUCAGUCAUAACAAGAUCUGUUUACAUUGAAAGUGGAAAAUUAUUUGAUCGUAACGGUUUAGUUCCGUUGAUAUUCCAUUUUAUAAUGAAGUUAACUUUUUAUAUUGUGCUUGUAUAGUAUUAUUUUACAAUGUUUUGGCCUAAAGCUUAGUUUGUUCUCACUUGUGUGCUGGGAAUUGUGUAUUAUUUUAAAACUAUACCAAGAUUCAGCAGUUCGAAGUAAUAUUUACAGUGUAGUUCUCUUCUAUUACAUGUACAUGGAGUCGAGGUCUUGUCCAAAUCAUGAACAUAUUGUGAUAUGGUAAACUACACUUUUAAGUUAUUGUUUUAUUGUGUUUAAGUAAUUUUUAUAGUUUGAAUUUUAUUUAUGAAAGCUUUUUAAAGCUCAUGAUAUGUUUGCAAAUUACAAUCGUUUUCCCCAAACAUUACCAGCUAACGAUCAGUGCAAAUCGAUUGCACUUUAAAUCUAACGCUCAGUUUCACUGACGAUUUUUUAAUUUUAGGAUUAAAUUUUUAUAGGUUUUAUAACGAAAAGUGUUUUAUACUAUAUACCAUUUGUAGAAUAUUAAGUCUCCAAGCAUCCGCAUGAAACUGUAAAAAUUGUCAAAUCUAGUCUUUAUCGAACAUUUGUAACUAAAAUCGUACGAGAGUUUUACAUUUUAUAUUUGCAUUUAAAUGUGUGAUUAUAUUUAUUUUGAAAUUGUAUUUAUUGAUUGAAGUGAUUACGUUUAGUUAUACGAUAACCACAGUUAGGUGGCUGGGCGAGCCGCUGCCGCCGUAUCCAGUCUUGUGCGCUUUGUGUGUUCGACAAGCCGUUUCCACCAGACUGUACUAGUCUCGGUAGCGUUUUGCAUCGCUUGGAUCCAGUUCACAGGAGAAAGUCAAAACUGUUUUUAUAUUCAGAGUUUGAUUCAUUUACAAUAAAAUACGAUCAAAACUGAAGCCACUGUUGUAUUUCUCGUAUUACAAUAAUACUGAAGCCGACUCUAGUACAGUUUGGUGGAGACCCCAUAAACAAUAAUGACAGAGACAUGCACAAUACACCGUUCUCUAGGUACAAUCAUCUAGAUAAUAAGCUACAACCAUCUCGACAACUCAGUGUCUUCGAAACCUCAAGUACAAGUACGCUAUAGCAUCUUUUGUGAGUUUUUACAACUUUUUGGCUACACUUAAGUACAUUACAUGUUCGACACAGAAACAGAUUCUAUUUAUGUAUGACUCUGGAGCUUCCAAGAUGUACAUUUACUUGACGAUGUCGUAGUUGUAUGUCGAUUAUCAGCGCUAGGCCCGUUCAACCGCAGACCGCUGUUUAUACUAGGCCGAAGUCUUCAGAGUCCGAGGUUUACUGUAAAUACUAAGCCUACCAACAGUAGUCUAAGCAGAUAGAUUAGUUCAGAAAAUUUUCUUUAAAAUUGAAAAUGUUACAUUUCCACUCUUCUCGUUUUCUAUUGUGAUCUACCUGUGAUUAUUAUUUGUUAUUUUUGUGUUACUGUUUAAGUUACUUUAGUGGAUUUAGUGUUGGCGUUUACGGUAGCGGUGACUUGAGAGGUCGGCGGGGAGACGUGGGACUAGAGGCUUAGAGAUGAAAAUACUGCCUCCAGAUCUGUAUUGUGUGACUUGGCCUUCCUUCCGACAUUACACCCCUUCACCUCUUCCGUUCGUAUUUUGUUACGUUUUGUUGUUUCCUGUUUUUCAUGAACCACCAGGUUACGUCAAUUGCAUUCUUACUUUACAACUAGUUUUAUAUACCUAUAGAGGUGCUUUUGUUUUAUUUAAAUUUUACCUUUUAGUUAACAGCUGCAUAUUUCAAUAUAUAAAUGUUUGUCUGAAACUUUACAGAUCAUAAAAGUCUUUCUUACAAAGAGAACUUACGAUACAAUACCAGCAUGUUUUAAAAUAUUGAUUGGGAAAAUAUAAUUUUUAAUGAUUAAUUUGAAAUGAACAUCAGGAUUUUAAAAACUCUGCAUUAUUCCCAAAAAUUAUUAUCUCUUUUCUGAGCUUUAACCAAAUAUUUGUUUUAAACUGCCUGGCCAGACUACUACGUAUGCAGCUGUUUAAUGUUAUUGUUAAGUUAUAAAGUUAAUUUGCUUAAAACUUCUGUGAUUUGUAUGAAAUUAAAUUAUUAUUAUAUUUAAAAAUUAAGUUAAGUUCCUUGUUUUAGUGGAGGAUGCGUACACGAUUGUUGUAUAUUGCUUAGUGUGUGCGGCCAAGUCAUGUUUUGUACAGUACUUCAUACAUAUCCUACCCCGAAUGUGCCAAGUUGUAUAUAAUGUACUGUAAGGUCUGCCAGUUCUCAGUGUUGUCCGGUCGUUUGUCGUCUGUAGGAGUAAACUGCAUCCAAGAUGCGAGACUCUUGUAGUUUAGUCUGAUUUCAACUUACCAAGCGGAGAUUUCCACGAUUGAAUUUUCCUUCUGUUUCGCAACAAUAGGCCUGUUUCAUAGAAAUAUAUUUUUCUGGCUAGUUGAAAAAAUUAGUGUUUGGCUCAAAGGAUAGGCCUAUUUUCGAAAUCCCUUUUCAUAGUCGUCGGUAGUUACAGGAAAAUUGGAUUUAUUGAGAAUUUUUCAAAAUGUACACGUUUAAAAUAAAAUUUCAUAACUACCGAAAUUAAAAAAUGUUUGCAUAUAAAAUUCAAUCGAGGAAACCUUUAUUAAAAAAUUGUACUAAAAUUUCUUCCAGUAAGUAAGUGGUAAGCCUAGUUAAAAUUCAUUAAUAUUUUGAUUAUCUUGUGUGCUGUGCUACAAUGUUUCAUCUAGUUUUAAAUUAUUUUCAUGUACUGAUCUAAAUCAAACGAGUACAAAUGACUGAAUGUUUUUAGACUGUGUUUUUUGGAAACAAACAACAAUCGCUAGGAAUAUAUUCUCUUAUUGCCAACUUCAUUUGAACCAGGUCCAGUGUAUUUGUGUCAUUUGUAUGAGUCCGUAGUUUAUAAAAUAAUGCAGAGUUGCUAACGUCGGAUUGAGAUGGGCUUUUAUAUUGAGUUCUCUGACAAUCAUCCAACAAUUUGAGACAGUAUCCCUAAUCCCCAACCUCUACUCUCAAUCCCCUCCCCAACCAUUCUAUAAUUAGUGCAGAAUAACACAAUCAGUAUAACAGACUGUUGAAUUAUGGUUUUAAAAUGUUAUCAAGAAAUUAUAGUAUCAAAAAGUGGGAAUUUGAAUUUGUUAAAAGAAUCAAAACCUUCUCUACAUAGUUAAAUUCCCACUAAACUUGUCUAAAAACGUUUAAUAAAUAAUUUUUCCAGGCGUAAUACAGUACUUAUCCAGCAUAUAAAUGAACAUAUGUAUAUUUUCAAAUAUUUCUCAGUAUGUUGUAGUUUUUUCUCUUUUUAAAUUAAGAGCUGCUACGAACAGAGCUACUUCUGUUUGUAAUUGACUAAGUUACUGGGUUUUAACCGGCCUGAAGCAUAGGUCUGCUCUUUUAUAUAAAUAUAAAUUGUUUGGCAAGUUUUAUUGCUGGACGUUGAUAAACGUUCAGAAAACGUAAAUGCUAAAUGCACAAUUCCACCCUACAUUACCGCUGGGUACUCACUGCUCAAGACAACCUUUGAGGUGGCAUUGAUGAGCAUCAUCCGAGUUCCAUACAGAUAUUGGCAUCAUCUGAGAAAGUUGUGUCAAGUUACAGUUAAUCUUUGUGCAAAAGCAGUUGUGAUACUCGUUUUUAAUAGCUGUUUUAUAAAUGAUCGCUAUUGUUAAUUUAUUUCUUCUUCAGAAAAAAGUGCAGCUUAAAUUUCUGAAAUUGAAAACAGCUUCAUUUUAAACAUUCCUUUACUCCUUGAAUUAAUGGAAAAUAUCCGAGUAAUUUAUGCUUGUAUUUGUGCUUGAAAUUUAACGAAUGAUCAUUACAGUAGAUAAUGGGUUAUAUAAUUACUUAAUGCUCAAUCUAGUGAAAUGUGCCAGAAGAUAGUGGGGGAGCUACUGGAAAAUGAGUGGCUUAAAUUUCUUCAUCAUGACAAUACAAUUUUUUUUCAAACAUCAGUCUCCUAACCUUUUAGUUCCUUAAGUUUACUCAUUGCACUUUAUGUUUUCAUCAAUAUUUUCUCGAUAUACUUGAUAAAAUUUUAACAAAGCAAUAGAGCAAAAGAAAUUUGUAAAUGAACAUUGAUAAAACGAGGGUCAAGUGAAAUUGCUUUUGGAAAGAUUUCACUGUGAUCAGUCACACAAGAGACUCUGUCCUGUAAAUUAUGCCUUCUUGUAAUGAAUCCAUCCACUUCCUCCAACCGGUUGUUACAUGUGUACCAUCAUUUCCAUCUGACGUUAGCAAACGUUUUUUCUCUCAGUGUAGAUAGUGUCUCUCCAUAUCAUACAUGCAGUACUGACGACGUUCCGUGCACUUACUGAAUCUAUACAGACGAUAUUUGCCAACAUUGAUAAAAAAUUGCGCGCCACACUCACCCGCUUCAUAGUUAUUGUUGAUUUUUAUACAAUAUUUUAUGCUGUUACAAGAUAUAGAUAAUAAUAUACACCAAUAAGGACCAAUAGAGAUAUAUAUAUGUAUACAUGAGUAGACUUUUGAUUUCCCUCACCUCACCGCAACGCAAUAGUACAAACGCUAAUGUUUUUUACAAUGAUGGCAAAUAAGACAACAAUAUAUAAAUAGACAUGUUAAUAUAAUAGCCCCAGAGUAUAGAGAUGUUAUUUUUGUUUGUCGUGUUACUAUAGUUUACCGAGAAGCGACGUCGUGGCGGCCGAGGGUUAUAUUGUGGUUGUUAUUCGGCCGUCCGUCCGGCGUCGUCCCAGCCGUAGUCUUAGCACAUUUGUUUUGCCGUUUUCACAUUUGCUUUGUGCCGUUUACAACAUUGUUAUUUUCUUACAACCGAAGCCGACUGUUACGUUUGUGAUUUUACAAUAGAACCAGUUACAAUAGAGAAAUAGACAGAUACAUAUUUUAUAGCCACUUUUAACAUAACCGGUUUCAAUUACAUGCGCAGUUGUUGACAAUUGAUAUUUAUUUUGUGUACUUAGCUGUACAGUGUAUAGGUUCAUGAAUACACAUAGUAGUUAUAUACAGUAGGGACAUGGGUUUUUGGGUAUAACGCUUUUUUUAUCAAGUCUACAACCUAGAACGCCUGUUUGUUUAGUGUUCUGUAAGUAGAGACAGGUUCGCCGACAGCUAGUAAAUGGGAGUCUAGAUGUCGGCUAAUCUAUAUAAUCCGGUACUAAUUCUACCGGCAUGUUCACACAAGGCACGGGAAGUAUCUUCCCAGUUUGUUGUAGCUAUUUACGUAAAUCGGUGUAAUCAUCGUAAUAGUAAUACUGUAUCUCAGAGCAUAGAUUAUAGGGGAUGGACAUUUUUGGAACAAUUUCAAACUCUGCAAAUCGUUUGUGAAUCUGUUGUACCAGUUAUUGUUGUUUUCUGUCACUGCAACGACGGUGAAAAAUAUUUAUCGAUAAUUUGAAAUAGGUUAUUUUAAUGGCUCAAAAAUUAAAAAAACAUAGUUGUGUUAUUGCUGAUUGUUAAAAAGGAAUGUUAAGGUAAAAGUAAGACUGUAACAAAAAGACUGAAGAGAUUUAUAUGAGUGAAUACAAUAAUUAUGUAGUGAUAGGAAAUUGAAUGGAAUAACUUGUAAUAGAGCAAAGUUGUCAAUUUAUUGAAAUGAAAAUCUUACAGAUUAAGAAAAUACUACUUUGCUUCUCAAUAUCAUAAUUUACGUCAAAAGUUAUAAAAAAUGUGAUGUAAACCGUUGUCCAGUAUGCCUGUAUAAAUUUGUUAGUGAACCAUAAAUGUAUAGCAAUUACGAAAUCAUCACUGUUGUGUCAGAGUUACUAAAAAUUUAUUUUAAUCACACAUGAUUCUAGAAUCUGUCCAUCCCUACAAUAUAUUAUACUAUACAUAAUAUGUCUAUCAUAUUCUAAGACUGUGUUAAUUAAUUUUUUAUAUGCAUUUAGUUGUAAUUAAACCUGUAAGCUUUGUUAUUUUUGUUACUGUGUAUUUUCCUAUAUAAAAAAUUAAUAUUAAUUUAUUACUAUCUAAAAGAUAGUGUCUUAAGUUAAGUGUAUACGUUAGGUUCCGUUACAUAAAUUUAGGAUAGCGUUCUAUUGUUUUCCUCAUUUGUAAUAAUAAACCGUGUCUAACAGGUAGACGUAAGUUGUCGUUUGUAAGGAACAGAUCGUGUGAUGUCGUACUUGUGGACAUCACUUAACAUUCUCAGGGAUUCUUAAUUGUACGUUCCACACUCUCAGGUAUUAAUACCACUCAGGGAUUUUAUUAUUGUUUGCGUUUUAUGCAUUUGUUGUUUAGCGUAAUAUGUACACUGUUGUGUUCAUCUCAGGGAAUUUUCAUUUACCUCAUUUCAACAACGACUUUUCCUUGUUGGAAAAUUUGUAUUAUAAUUAUAUACCUCAUAACUGAAUAUUGUGUAAAAAGGGCAUGGUUUUUUAUAAACUGUAUGAAUAAUUGGUUUAAUGUGGGUGUUGGGCUGUUUUUUCCAUCGGAUCUCAAUUAGUUGGUGGAAUUUUAAAUGGUUGAUGGAAUUACAGGCUUUAUCGAUUCAUUAUUUAAAAUCGAAAAGUUUUAUAUUGCCAUUGUUCACCAGGAGAGUUUCGCAUCCAGGAACAUGAAAAUGUUCUAUGACAUCAGGUGUUUUUUUACGAGUCCUUUGUAAAUUCAGCCCAAAUCACCUUCCAUUGAGUGAUGACACAAAUGGUAAGAUGUUCCCGUGCCUACAUAAGCUGCCUUCAUAAUAAGUACAAAUCAAAAGUAAGCUACACAGCUUGUAGUUUAAUUCACAACACCGGUCUAUGGUUAUUUGUUUACAGACAUUUAUACAUGUUUUUGUUACAAUAGAAGGUUAAUUUACAGAUAACAUAGAGCUCAUAGACAUAGUAGUUUCAUAAGAUAGGCUAAGUUUCAGUUAUAUGUAUACCUCAUCAAAAAUCCCCAUUUUUUUGCCUGCAGUGAUUUUUGUUUCGGCUGUGGAUAGAUUUGGUAGGUUUUUGAGGUUUUGUGUUUUUGAAACCUGUUUAUACGUGACACUUGAUAUUUUUACAGUAAACAUUUAUAUGCCACUUGGUUUUUAUAUUUUAUUGCAACAUUAAAAACUACAUUGUAUUAAUAUUAUAAAUAAUAGUGUUUUGCCAUUAUUUUCUUAACUCGUAAAACUCGAAAUCUACCAAAGUCUGUCCAUGCCACUGGAGAAAUUCAAAACUGUGCUUGUGUUCUGUUUUCACAAAAGUGUCAAAAUGUACGUUAAAAUGUAUUCAGGAACAUCUGCGUGGACAUUCUCAUCUUUUGGUCGUCUGGGUUAGUGUUUGUGUGAUGUGGGCAUAGGUUAGGCUCCUUUAAUGUGGGUGCAUAUCAUUUCGGCCAUUUCCUUGUAAUAUUUGAUGGUAAUUAAAAAACAUUCAGUUCAGUA